AUGGCAGAAGAAAGAAACAUAGACCUCCAAUCAGCUAAAACAUACAAAGUCAACAGCAUACCCUGUCGUAUAAGAUAUACAGGCCCACAUUCAUCAAUUCCAAAACAUUUAAUUAAAAUACAAGAAAAUCAAGAAAUUAUAACUUAUUUACGUGGUAGAAAACUACAUGGUAAAUCAAUAACCAACAUAAAAGGGGUUGUAUUGGCUAAAGAUGAUAUGAGUGAUGAAAUAAAAUCAUUGGGUCAAGUUAAUGAAGUACAGUAUUAUGAAAGAGAAGGUGUUAGUAUUGAUCAAGUUGAAAAGAUUGAUGAGUUUGUUAAAUUAAGUGAAUUGAUACAUGGUUGA